AGAUGUUCCGUUACUUUCGGUUAUUAAAAUCCUCCAUGACCAUCAGACACAAGACACGGUCCAAAGACCUUUCCCAAAAAGAUUCAGCUUCUUCUUCUCUGUACCCACAAAGACACAAAUCUAAAAUCUUGCUACACAUUUUCUCUUAUUGUCAAAUAAUUUGACAAUGCUGUUGUUAAUAUAGUUCAAAGACAGAUUUCUUUGGUUUUUUUCUCUUUUUUUUUGGAGAAGAAGUAGUUUAGAUGGAUAUACAGUUUGAUUAAAGGAAUGGUUUUGGUGAUCUGGGCAUGGGGUAAAAAGAUCGGUGAUUAGACCUAGUAGGUGAUAUAGGUAGAUUCUUGGAUUGUUUUGGAGAAAAGAUUGUUGGGUUAUUGAAAGAAGAAAAUGGGGGUUGAUUACCAUAACAUAUUGAAGGUUAACAGGAAUGCAACAGAUGAUGAUCUAAAGAAGGCAUAUAGAAGAUUGGCAAUGAAAUGGCAUCCUGAUAAGAACCCCGCUACCAAGAAAGAAGCUGAAGCCAAAUUCAAGGAGAUCUCCGAGGCUUAUGAGGUCUUGAGUGACCCACAAAAAAGAGAAAUUUAUGACCAGUGUGGUGAAGAAGGAUUAAAAGACGCACCACCAUCUGGCGGUGGUGGCUUCCCUUUCGGAAAUGGUAGUGGUGGUGGGUCAAAUGGUUUCAAUCCUAGGAAGGCAGAGGAUAUCUUUGCAGAAAUCUUUGGAAGCAGUCCUUUUGGAUUUGGAUCAACAGGACCUGGUAAAUCCAUGAGGUUCCAGUCGGAUGGAGGGUUGUUUGGUGGAUUUAGCAGUAGUGAUACUCCUUUUCGAACAUUCAGUGAGGGGACCGCGCCAAGGAAACCACCACCAGUAGAGAGCAAAUUGCCUUGCAGCCUCGAGGAACUGUAUACUGGAUCAACAAGGAAAAUGAAGAUAUCAAGAACUGUAGUUGAUGCCCAUGGGCGACAAGUGCAAGAAACAGAGAUAUUAACCAUUGAUGUGAAGCCAGGGUGGAAGAAGGGAACAAAGAUUACAUUCCCAGAUAAAGGAAAUGAACGGCAGAAUCAGCUUCCAGCAGAUCUUGUGUUUAUAAUUGAUGAGAAACCUCAGACCACAUACAAGAGAGAUGGAAAUGAUCUUACUAUCAACCAUAAGGUGACCCUAGCCGAAGCACUAGGAGGGACAACAGUAAACCUCACCACACUUGACAGCCGGAAUCUAUCAAUUCCUGUACAUGAUAUAGUGAGCCCUGGCUAUGAGCUUGUUGUGGCCAUGGAAGGUAUGCCAAUAGCAAAGGAGCCAGGUAAUUGGGGCGAUUUGAGGAUCAAAUUUGAAGUGAAGUUCCCAACAAGAUUAGCACCAGAACAACGAGCAGGACUCAAGCGUGUAUUAGGGGGUUAAAGAUUGAUCAAAUUUAUAUAUCUAGUAGCCAUUAUGUUGAGCUAAAUGCUGAAGCCAAUGCUGUUUCCAUUUCAACGGGUUGUCUUUUUGCUCUCCUUGUAUUUAUAGACCCUUUAAAUCAGCACCUAUAGGAACCCAGUAGAAGUACUGUAAUUAUUACGGUCCUUUUCAGUCAUUACUGGCUGGUCCACGCAACUGAUUUUCUGUAUUUAUUUAUUUAUUUAUUUAUGACAGAAGAAGGGGUAUACCUACAUGUAUCA